AUGACUCUGCUCAACUCUACUCUACACCUCUCCCUUGCCUUUAAAUACACACCUGUCGUCGCGGUGGAGAUGAGCCCUGCGUGGUUUCUUUCUAUCUUCAAUGCCAUGCUCACAGAUACUAUCGCGGGAUCCAUAGCGCCUUCGCAGCCGCCGCCUCAGCGAAUGCCUAUCAUCGUUGCCGGAAUUGGGUACCAAGGCUUGGGUUGGACUGCUUCAGUCCUCCUUCUGGCCUGGUUCAUCGGUCAACUUCUAGAGAAGGGCUGGCCAGAACCUUCCCAGAGACCGGGCUUGUUCAUGAGUAUCGGAUCUGCCGGGUUCACUACUGUUGCGCUUAUCGGCACAGCCCGUGCGGAAAUCCUCCAGGUACUCGCAACAUGGGCUGGUAUCUUCCUUUGGGGUUUUGCGCUGUGGCUGUUUGGGCUCGCAUUCUUUGUCUGCAUGGCUGAGGUUAUCACGCGUGAAAAUGGUCUAUGGGUGAUACCUAUGAGGUUUACCAACACGUGGUGGGCCUUCAUCUUUCCUAAUGUCGGGUUCACGCUAGCAACCGUGUAUUUGGGACAAGAGCUAGAGAGUAAUGCUAUACUAUGGUUUUCAGUCGACAAUUUUGAUGUCAAUCUGUGUCGACUCUCGAAUUCGCCUUGA